UACGGCUGUGCGCCUCUCCGGGAGUCAGGGGGAAACGCUCAAGCGAGGCGAGAAGCAACAACAAGCAGCUCACAGCAGAGCAGCGCAGAGAGAGAGACUUGGACAUUACACACACACACACACAGCCUGUUACUCCACAGCGGAUCCGGCCGGACUCCAUACACUUUAAUCCAACAGCAGCAGCAGAGAGGAGUGGGAAAAGUUUGGAGACAUGCAGUCAAUGUACCAGCACCUGAUCAGCCUGCUGGUUAUCUUGAGCAGCCUGCAGGUUAACCAGCUGACGGAGGGCUGCUCGUGCGCUCUGACGCACCCGCAGGACGCCUUCUGCAACUCCGACAUAGUGAUCCGAGCUAAAGUGGUGGGCAAGAAGCUCCUGAGAGAUGGACCUUUUGGAACAAUGCGCUACACCGUCAAGCAAAUGAAGAUGUACAAAGGAUUCGACAAGGUCCAGCAUGUGCAGCACAUUUACACAGAUGCCUCAGAGAGUUUGUGCGGGGUGAAGUUUGACAUCAACAAGUACCAGUACCUGAUCACAGGUCGAGUGUACGAUGGCAAGGUCUACACAGGGCUGUGCAACUUCAACGAGCGGUGGGAGCGCCUCUCGUUGGCCCAGAAGAAAGGCAUCAACCAUCGCUACCAGCUGGGCUGCAACUGCAGGAUUAAACCCUGCCACUACCUACCCUGCUUCGUGACCUCAAAGAACGAGUGCCUAUGGACGGACAUGCUGUCCCACUUCGGCUAUCCCGGCUACCAGUCCCGGCACUACGCCUGCAUCCAGCAGAAGGAGGGCUACUGCAGCUGGUACCGGGGCAUGACCUCACGCGACAAAACCACCAUCAACGCCACCGACCCCUGAACCCCAAUGCACCCUGCCCAAAAUCCACUGCCGCCUCCCUGACUCCGUCCCAUCCUUAUCACUUCUAGAGUAUUACAGGACUCUUAAAGCUCACUGGCCUGGGUGACAGCCUCAUUAAAGGGGCAAAAAAGAGAAAAGAACAAAUCCAUUACAGUGCCUGUUUCGUAGCACUUCUGAUAGAAAACAAUACCUUUUUUUGUUGUCGUUCAGAUCGCCCUGUUGAACAUUUUCCCAAACCACGAAUCAAACAGUCCUUGCACCAAACCAUCUCUUCAGGGUUCAGUGGUGUUAAAAAGGUGACAGACAUUCAUAAGGCCAAUAAGUAGUGUAAGACCUUGAUCAACCUCUAUUGAUCUUCAGAACUGAAGAACUAAUCUCCAAGACCCACAGUGACCUGUACACAGUUGAAAGUAUCAAUAAGUAUAAUUGCUCAAGUAGCGACUUUUGUUAAUUAGCUGAUUGCUAACCUAGUAUUAUGUUCUCUUUGUGCAUAGAGGCAGUUUAUCGUCACAAAAAAACAAGGACUCUCAAAAUGAAAGGUCAAGUGUCAGACAAAUUUCUAUCAAUGAAAAAAGUAUUGCCAAUGAUCACUAUGUAAAUUUAAGAUGUAAAGCUGUUACAUUGUUGCUACCGAACUGCACUUGCUAGCAUUAGACUCAUGCAGUUCUAGACAUCAACAAUACAGAUCGAGUGCCAAUGUGAGGUAUGAUCUCUUAAAGUUAUACCUCUUAUUUCGGCCUCAGUAUUUUUUCUUUUGAAAAUGGUAUUGUUUUACAGUGAAGUAUACAUUGAUUAUGUUCACAGUUUUUACUGUAACAUGUGUCUUUAUGGAUGGUAGUAUCUCUGCUUACCUGAAUGUUUGCAAUGUAACUCAUUUUGCAGUUAUAUCACAAACAACGCCCUUUCUGUUGCGCACUGUUGAAUAUCAGAGAAAUGCUAAAAAUAUCUGUCGCAGUGCCAACGUUGUGGAGGGCCGACUUCUUGCAGAGAUGGUGAUAUUUUAUUUUUUGCUGUAUAUAACAUAAGCUACAGAAAUGAACUCAGCUGAAACCUCUGUAAUACAUUUAUUUAUAUGUUUAUUGGAUAACACAGUAACUAUGUGGUAUUAUCUGCAAAGAAAAAUAAGAAAAAAAUAUGUAACAGGUCAAAACUACAUUGUGACAACCAUCGCAGCCUGUGCAACCGUCCAGAAUGAAGGACCAGCAUCUCCUAUGGUAUGGUACUUAUGGUACUAUUGUUUGUUAGCUCGAUCAUAGUUACCCUGACUGGUACUCUUCACCAAUCCAGUGAAAGUCAAAUAUAAGCAGAGGUUUCAGACAAUGAGAUAUUUUGUAAGUGUAUAUUCAAUCUUUUUGUAUUUAACUAUUUCAAAUGGACAUUAUAUAUAUAUAUAUAUAUAUAUAUAUAUAAAUGAAAGUAACAAUAUUGUCACUAAAUUCAUUCUUCUUCACCUGUUCCCCAUGUAGGGUUUUUCUUUUUUUUUCCCAGUGCUGUACCUUCAGUCCAUUCCAUUAACAGACACAGAUUUGCUUCAGAGGAAGUAACAGCCCCCUCAUCAUUGACAGUAAAAGAAUCUUGCAUCGCUAAUGCACUGAGGUUUUAACCAAGUUGGUGGUUUUAAAAAAGAGUAGUUCAACAUUUUGGGAAAUUUGCUUUUUUGCUUAGAGAUGGAUGAGAAGAUAUACCACUCUUAUAUGCUACAUAUGAAGCUACAGCCAGCAGCCGGUUAGUUCAGUUUUCUUAACGCUAAGCUAAGCUAAGCUAAGCUAAGCACCUUGUGGCUCUAGUUUCACUUUUAACAGACAGACAUGAGAAGGAUGCCAAAAUUCUUAUCUAUCAGCAAGAAAGUAAAUACGAAACUGUUAGCCUAGGUUAGCGUUAGCCUAGAAGUAGGGGGAAACAGCUAGCUUGGCUCUGUCUGGCUUUUAAAAAAAAAGAUACCUACCAACUCAUGAAUUAACAAAUUAAACGAAUGACAUACAGCUUGUUAAUUAUUGAUUUGGAGGUGCUCAAUACAAAUUUUUGUAAACGUUGGAAAUACUUAAUGUUCCCCUCAUGUUUCCAAUCUUUAUGCUAGCUAAGCUAAUUGGUAAUGGAAGGUAAUGGUAGCUAAUCUAGCUGAGAAGAUUGAUACCACUUUUUAUGCUAAAUAUUAAGCAACAGCCAGCAGCUAGUUAGCUUAGUUUAAAGUCUUAACGCUAAGUUAAGCUAACCGUCUCUUCUUGGCUGUAGCUUCAUGCUGAACAGACAGACGUGGAAGCGUACAGAAAUUCCGGUCUAUCAGCAACAAAUAAGCAAUUUUCUUUUUAUUCAUUCAGCUCCAUUCCAAAAUGACAAAAAUGUGUUAUCCCUCAGUUUUAUUCAUGUGAAAACAGCAUUUAGACCACUUCCUGACAAUAAAGUCAGAUCAUAUCAGGGGAGGAGGGCAGCUAUGAAUUAUAUCGGACACUCAACAGUAGGCCAAUUUUGGUCUGAUAAGUUUAACAAAAUUACAAUAAAAUGAUUUUAAGUGAUGUUAAUCUACCCUGUUUAAUUUUGCACAAGUACUUUCAACAAAACAUCCCUCUAUCCAUUUUCAUUUUUAAUUUUUUCUUGCUCAAAAUUUCCGUCUGUAUAGUCUUUGGCUUGAGUUUGCAACACACAGAAAGUCCUGAUGAUUUUGUUUUAAAGAGGUUAGAAGAAAAGUUAAUAAUAACUGACCUUCGAGGGAUUUUUUUUUGUACAAAACGUCCUUUCUGUCUUUCUACAUGUUGACGAGGCUUUUUCUCCAGCUGUGGCGUUUCUGUGUCACUAUUUCUGUGGUUCAUGUUUGUGUAAAUAUACUGUCUGCUUAACACAGAAACACUUGGUCAAGUUUGAUCCUUAAAGAAAAAAAUCCAAUCAAGGAAGCUGUGUACAGUCUGUGUGUAAACACUGAUUCCUGAAGUGUGUGUGUGUGGGGUUUCCUUGUAGGGGUUAUAGAAAUGUUUGACUUAAUUUCUGUGUUUUAUAUUUUUAUAAUAAAGAUUUAAUGAAAAACGGGC